UGCGGCAUGACGGUGUGUGCUGUGUCAUGGUGGCUUAGUGGGAGAGAUAACACGUGACAGUGAAAUACAACAAAACCAUGAGAGUGCUUAAUAUUAUUCUAGCAGCGAUUCUGCUGCUAAUGUUCUCAGGUGUUCUUCUAGAGGCAACUGCCCGUGCGGCUGCAGGAGUCAACCCCCAACAAUAUAUCGAGGAUGCGAGUAGAGGUCGCACAGUUCAUAACCCGAAAGAAAAGUAUUCCAUAUUGAAUGGAGCUCGUGAAAACUUCCAUCGGUAUCCCCAGGAUCCUAGUGAAAAGUAUGAGGAAGAACAAGUUGAUAAGACUGUUACGGAAAAAGACAAUGAGGACGACGACGAUGAGGAGGAACAAGACUAUGAAUGGUCAGCUGAAGAGCUGGAAAUGAUCAAGCAGAAAAUUUUGAAUGGCCUAGGAUUGACUACCGUCCCAACUAGAUCAAAGGCCAACGUCAGCCAGGAGGAGUACGAGCGAGCGUACAGCGAGUACAUCCGCCUGGUGCAGGAGGAGGAGGCCAGGCACGCGGACUCGCUACUCAGGGAGUACGACGAAGAGGAGGAUCAGGAGGAGGAAGUCCUCCGCGACCUGGAAGUGGACGAUGAAGAAGAAGCGCCCAGCUACAGGUUCUACAGCACUGGCGUCACUCAGCAUUCAAGGCGGCGAGGCCGACGCAGCACGGAGGUCGAGGGUCAGGUCGUGCACUUCCACGUGGCAGUUCCCGUGCGGCGCGUCUACGCCCACGACCUGGACGUCAUCCACGCCACAUGUCGCCUGUGGAAGACGGGCGGGCCUGAGCCCCAGGACCCAGCCUACGACUCCGUCACAGUCAGCGUCUACCGCAUGGACGGCAACGCGCGUCGCCGCCGCCGCCGCAAACAGCCCGUGCUGCUGCAUUCGCUGAACGUCUCCGUGACCGGCGACGAGUGGCUGACUAUGGAUCUGACCGAGGCUGUGCGGGGGUGGAUAGCGUCACCCCGCGGCGAUGCUGACGUUCUCGUGCAGUGCCAAGAGUGCAGUGCCGCGGGCGUAACUAUCCAUACAGGUACCAACACCUCGAACACCACAUACGUGCCCACGCUGGACGUGCAGACGCAGCUGCCCGCCGGCCGGAGGGUGAAACGGUCGCGUGAGCUGACGCGGGCCACCAAGCCGAAGUGGCGGCGACGCAGCGACUGCUCCGAGAAGAAGCGGAAAGGAAGACGUCACUCGCGGUGCUGCAGACGCUCCAUGAAGGUUCGCUUCAAAGAUCUUCCCGACUUUGACUUCGUCGAAUCUCCAGAGGAAUUUGACGCCUUCUAUUGCAGCGGCAACUGCCCUGCACGCUUCAAUCCAGCCAACGAGCAUGCACUCUUACAAUCCCUUCUAAAAUUGAAACACAAAAAGAAAAUUCCGGGGCCUUGCUGUGCCCCCACCGCUCUGCACGGAUUACAUAUUCUUCACCUCACUGAAGAUAACAAACUUGCCACCACGUACUGGGCUGACGUCAUUGUCACGGAAUGUGGCUGUGCUUGAGGUUAACAGUCGUGUUAGUUUUCUAGAAUCAGUGGCUGGGCUGAGCCCCACGUCAUAGAGUGACCGCAGCAGCAGUCUAACAGCGGCAUGCGGCCUUUACUAGUCACUCCCACUACGCUUCCAAACCGCCAGGGCAGAGCCGCCCGAACCGCCCACAGUUCGGGCCGAGUCGCGCGCCCGGCUGCCUCGCCGUGUGACCCCACAAUGUACUUGAUGUUCUGGUGUAGCUGAGCUGCAGCGUGAGCAUGUGCGCAGCCCUGUCUCUCGUGCAUCAGACUUUUCUUGGUUUGGCUUUCCGGAGAAGGAGGUGCAACCCGCUGCCAGAGAAGGGACUGUGUGCGAUGCACAGAUUGUAACGCAAUUUCCCCCACUUUGUUAUCUUGGUCUGUCACAUCAGUUAAUAGGAUAACUGACUCUCACACCACCCGUUAUUCUACAAGAUUUCCAUUUUCUUGUGUAGAUUUAUUUUUUCACUCAUUCUUUGCCUGUCUUAUCUCAUAAAUACCUCACAUCCUCUCAAUAUAGUCAUCCGGUCCCAUUUGCCAGUUGCGUGGGAAUAAAGGAAUCUUUUAUUUUACCUGUUUGAUGUUGUGCACUUACAUUGCGUUGUGGAGUGGCUUUUGUUUCUGUGGCAUUCCCUAAGUUUAUACUUUUAUAUGGAAACGGGUGUUCUGACGCCACUUUGACAAUGUGCGUGCCUGGUCUGUGUGUUUGGGUAUGUGCGUAUGUGCGUGCGUUCUCGCUUGCUUUUGUAUAUGAACCUUCCUCAGCCCACCGCCAUGGUUACUUUCAAUGGUGACACCUAAACUAUUAUAAACUAAGCAGUAUUGAGUGUUGUACAUUGCGUGUUCGUUGUCUAUCUGUGAUAAAUGUGCAUAUUGGUAUCUUGAGGUUGUAUAUUUUAUAUUUUAUCAUAGUUAUUUAUGUUAGUCUGUUCUAUGAUAGAUAUUGAAGUAUUUAGGUUAGGGUAAUGUAAUCAAGUAACUAGGUUUCAGAGUGCAUAAAAUGUUUUUCUUCUUCUUCAAAUUCUUCAACAUGCCUUUAAAUUGUGACAUGGAAUUAGGGUCGACUUUUGGAUUUUAGCAAAGCGAUACCUGCAUAUGCUCUGUGGCACGUUUUCUUCAACUGAAUUAUCAUUCCCCAGCUUCAUGUGAAUCACUCUUCUAAUACUUUUCUUUAUUGUGUUGAUGAAUCUGUGACCAUUGAUGGCGAUGACGCUUGAGGUACCUGUCUCUCAGUUCCAUUUUGGUGUACGUGUCCGCUGUCAUCGUAAACACUGAUGUUGAUGCCUGCCCUUGAUUCUAUUAAGACAGUGUUGUGGGACAUCUCUGGAUUGCAAUAUGCCGAUUUCCAUUUUUUUUAAGCUCUUUACAGGGAAACUGCUUUGAUAUCCUAGUUACUGUGACAUACAAAGUUCACCACACAGUUAAACGAAGAAAAAAAAAUGUAUUUUUAGGAGUAGGUAAAGAACCAGUGAAAGAAUUUUGUAUUAGUUAUUAACUUUGAUGUUAAACAGUUGUGUGUGAACACUGAUAGAAACUUUUAAAUUUUA